AAGUAAAGUAGGAUGUAGACGACUUGUAAAAGAUGCCUGGAAUUUUACACAACUUAUUAGAAUGCACCAAUCAGGGUCCAGGUAUUAAAAGUGAUGACAUGUACACAAAACAGUAUUUGUAAAAUAUAUUUAUUACACAACAAACAUGUUCUUUUAUGUCAGUGCACUUUGGCUUUAUCCACUUUGUUAAGCUGUGCGUGUUUUAGCAGAACCACAGUGAGUGUCCGUGACACAGUUGAGAAGUGAGAAAGCCGCUAACCAUUUUUAGACAGUAUACUGCGUGUGAAAAGAGCGUUAUAUAAAAGACUGUAGGUGCUUUUUUGUCUUUACUGCCACCCACAGCAAGCAUUUACAAGAGUGCUUAAACCCCCAGUGAGUGAGGAAGUGUUUUUGGUGUUUUGGACUUGGGCGAUUAGUGUUGAGUCAAUAGUCUGAGGCGAGCUGCAGCAAGAUGAAACAUUUGUAUACUAACAGAGCAAUGUGGUUCUCCGGAGUACUGAUCUUUGGGAUUCUUCAGGGUGUGUGUGUUGUUUUAGCUGAUACAAACACAGUGGUGUACAGAGCUCCUGGAAGCUCACUGGAUCUAACGGUGAAACAUCCUAAAGACUCAGUGUCAAGUGUAGAGUGGUUCUUCAAUGAGAAGAAUCUGUUUUCUACAUACUCUGAAAGUGACGGUUACUCACACCAGAAAUCCCAGUUCACUGGACGGUUAAAAGAAGAUAGUGAUAAAGUUGGAGUAACUGUACAAGAUCUUCAACCCCAAGAUGCUGGGACGUUCAAAAUGGUUGUAGAUGGAACUGAAAAACAGUAUCCAACAGAGAAAUUUACAGUUUAUAUUCAAUACCCCAUAAUAUCUGUGCAGAUUGAGAAGAAUCAGACAUGGAAAAUGUCCACAAACAGCUGUGAUGUCGAUGUGAAAUGUGCAGCGCUCGGAUCUGAGAAUGUUUCCUACCUGUGGAGCGGCUAUAAGACUGCUAGUGGAGCUCAACUGCACUUCACUCUCUCACCUGCAGGAGGAGCUGUUACACUGAACUGUACCGCAAAUAACAGAGUCAGCUCCAGUUCUGCUUCAGAGACACUGAGCUGUAGUGAAAAUCACAUUAUUAAUCUAGUGUUUGCAGACAUGCCAAACCUUCUGUGGAUUUUAAUAGCAGCAGGAGCUGCUGUCCUUUUGCUUAUUGCUGUUAUUCUAGCAACAACCUUCUGGUGGAGAUCUCACAAAGCUCGCAGUGUUGAUGAAUGUGGACCAACAGUGUAUGCAUGUGUCGGUUCUGGAGCCACUGCUCAGAAAGAUAAACGCUCAGACAGUGUUAAUAACGGAACGACAGUGUAUGAAACCGUGGACGACAUAAGAAAGACACCUGAAAUGACUAUUUAUGCUAAGGUGACAUUUCCUCAACAUGCAAAGGUCAGCACUACCUCAUCCUCACCAUACCAGCAAGUUUGCUGAAAAAGAAAAAUGACUUUUAUCAAUUAUUGUGUAUGUACUGUUCUUUGGUUUCUAUGUUCAAAUAUUUUCUCAUAUGUCACCCUGAUGUCAUGUACAAGGGUCAAUUCGGGUGCAAUCCUAAAUGUGUCUGAGGCCAGGAUAUUAAUGUCAUUAUCAUGUACAUGGAUAAUGGACUACAGCACUGUAUAGUCAUGCAGUUGAAUACACUCAUUUUCACAUAAAAUCUUAUUAAAUAUAAUGUAUUUAAUUGAGUAAUCUGAUAACUUAUAAUUGAUCCGGUCAUCAUGACCAGGUACUUCACUUGUUUUCAGCCUGGGAUAUUUCCUGUAGUAAUAAUCUGUUGUGUAUAUCUAAUGACCUAGUUGAUUAAAGUACCUCUCAGGUCUAAGGCCCUGAUUUCAUGCAUUUAGUCAAUAAGUGGGUAUGCAGUUCAUCAUAAAAGCAUAUAUUACAUUAAGCAUAUAAUACUGUUAUGAUAGAUUUAGACAGGAAAUGUACUGGAAGCUACCAUCUCCUUAGGAAAGACUGUUUCUUGUUAAUGAACAAGAAACAGUCUUUCCUAAGGAGAUGGUAGGGCUUCGCUUACUCCAAGCUAAUCCAGCAGAUCACGUUCAUUACUUGUCUUAAUUGCCAAUUUGUUUAUCUACUUGGCCUUUGUUUUUGAAGAUAAAAAUAUUGGCUAGUACACAACAAAGGCUACAUUGCUUAUCCUUACAAGUAUUACAGAUUGAACUGUACAUUGUACAUUACUGUAGAAACAUUUUAAUACAAAGACAAAUAAAAAUUGUAAUUAAUAAA